AUGAGUUCUGCGUCGAAUGGGCGCAAAAACCGCCCCAGAACGGCCGGGAACAUCUUCCAGAUCGGCAAGCCCCUCUACAGAGACCCACAGCGGAGGGAGAGCACGGAGAGUAGCCGCAGAGCUCAGCGCGCUGUGGCCGACUGCAGGAUGAUCGUGCAAGAGUUCAACACGCUAGUGGCUCUUUACCGUGAGCUGGUUAUCUCCAUCGGUGAGAUCACCGCCGACUGCCCCAACUUGCGGGCCGACAUGCUGAAGACCCGGACUAAAGGCUGCGAGAUGGCCAGGGCCGCACACCACAGUCUCUCCUUAAUAGCAGGCAGUGGGCCAGAGGAUGGCGAGAUUCACCCGGAGAUUUGCAGGCUUUUCAUCCAACUGCAAUGCUGCCUGGAAAUGUACAUCGCCGAGAUGCUCAAGUCCUGCUGCCUGCUGGGCUCUCUGCAGCUCCACAGGAAAGGCAAAGAGCCCUUUGGCCUCCCCUCAGGGGACAGGAAACUCGAGGAGAGCUCGGACGUCCCUAUCCUUGAGGACACCUCCUCAUCGCCCACUGAUAGCUCUGCACUCAACUGGCAGGUGGCCACAGACAUAGAAAACAUAGAAAGGGACAUGAGAGAAAUGAAGAACCUUCUCAGUAAACUCAGGGAGACGAUGCCUUUACCACUGAAGAACCAAGACGACAGCAGUUUGCUGAACCUGUCUCCCUACCCGCUGGUCCGACAGAGAAAGAGGCGCUUCUUUGGCCUCUGUUGCCUGGUAACCAGCUGA